AAGAUUCAAGGAAGAAUUAUGUUCCCCGUCCCAUUUUAUCAUUCGGAGACGAAACAACGUGAGGUGGGUCAAAAGCAGGGAAUUUUUCCAUUUCUUGGUGACGCACUUCUCUAAUUUUUAGAAAGGGGCAAAGUGAAAAGUUAUUGAAGUCUGAUACACGCUUCAACGACCGAUCGAUUUUGCUCAUUGAGAGCUAAAUUUGGCUGCGAAUUUGUUCCAUGAUGCAUUUGAUUCUCUAAAAUGAUUUGAUUUUCAUUCUAAUUUGAAUUAUAUUGAUGUCAACCCCAAAUAUAACCCUAUCGAUCGCUUCAACUCAGAACAUCACAGAUCCCUCAUUACGGAGAGAUUCCCACACAAUUUCCAAAUGGUACAAUUCAGGAAGCACGGGGUGCACCGGAUUCUGGCGCGACGCAGCUCUUGUUGUACCCUCAGUGUUGUUCGUGCUGUACCUAGGGUUUCAAGCUAGGCGAUAUCUGAAGAAGCUGAGCCACCGCAGGUCUUAUGUAAUGAUUUCGUACUAUGCGCUUAUCUGGUUCAGCGUUCUUCUCAACCUCGCCUGGUCAUUUCUUCAGGAAUGGCAGUGUGCUCCAGGGAAGGAGAUUGCAUGGAACUUAUUGUCAUUAUUCACGGAAAGUGGAAUGCUAUUCUUAGAAAUUAGCUUAGUGGCCUUCUUGCUCCAAGAUAGUUAUGCUAGUGGAUUGGAAGCUCUGGCACGUACUUUCAUAUUUUCAGGUGUCUUUGUGGCUGUCGAUAUACUUCUCCAGGCAAUAUUCAUAUUUGGAUUUGGGGUUCCACUCUUUAUUGAUGGUGAGACGACACAUCGGGGAAAGUGGGGUGUAUGGUUCACUCAUACCCUAGUGCUUGCAGCAGCCUAUGGCUAUAUUGCAUUCGUGCACUAUUCAAAAUGGAGAGAUAAGUUGCCACCAAGACCAGCAUUCUACAACUAUGUCAUCCUCAUGUUUAUAGUCAAUGUAACUACAUUGUUUGCCUGUGGGCUUGCCGGAAUUGGAGCUGGCUUCGGACUUUGGUCGUACAAUUUUAUAGUGAUAGUUCGUCACUCCCUCUAUCUUCCAUUUCUGUACAUAAUUUUUCUUGCUGACUUUUUCCAGGAGGAAGAUUGGCUGUUGGAUAAUGCUUAUUACUCGGAGAUGAAAGAUGCAGGGUUUUUCGAUACUGACUGGGAUUAGCCUAUGGAAAUAAUUUGUAUGGGAUCAAAAUAUUUCAGCUGGACGGACUUGUAAAUGAAUUCCGUGUAAAUUUCUGCAAUAUUUACCUUGCGUUAAAACAAUGAGCGUGGUGCACAUUUGUACUACCACGAGCAAAACAAAAAUCCGAAACAAGUUGUGGCACAAACCAAUCAUUAAGUCGAUCUUGAUUCAUGAUUGACAAUU